UCGUAGGCACCUGUACCUACAGCCAAUCAGCGCUAACACCGCCGUGGGGAAUCUGCUGUCAGCAAAAACCGGGCACCCAAAACUCGACAUAAAUCAAACACUUCCCUAGGCAGGGAAUGUCUGUGUCAGGCAAGAAUUAGAGACAAGCAGACAGCAGAACCUCAGUGCCGAUAGAACCUUGGAGCCUGCGAACAGGAUGUCGAAUGAACUUGAUUUCAGGUCUAUGCGCCUGCUGAAAAAUGAUCCAGUGAACUUCCAGAAGUUUCCCUACACUAAUGAGGAUGAGGCUUGGAAGACAUACCUGGAGAACCCCUUGACAGCGGCCACCAAGGCCAUGAUGAGAGUCAACGGGGAUGAUGAGAGUGUCGCAGCUCUGAGCUUCCUGUACGAUUACUACAUGGGCCCCAAGGAAAAACGGAUACUGUCCUCUAGCACUGGUGGCCGGAAUGACCAAGGAAAGAGGUACUACAACAGCAUGGACUAUGAGGCGGACCUUGCCCCCCUUGAGAGCCCCACACACCUCAUGAAGUUCCUAGCAGAGAAUGUAUCUGGAAGCCCAGACUGCACAGACCAGCUCAAGAAGAACAACCUGCUGAGCCUAGAGGUGGCCACGCCUGCCCCCGACCGAGCCGCUUCGCUCCCCGCAGGGCCCAGCAGACUGGAACCUGGCUCUGUGGACAGCUACCUCCUGCCCACCAGUGAUGUGUAUGAUAAUGGCUCCCUCAACUCUUUAUUUGAGAGCAUUCAUGGGGUGCCACCUACACAGCGCUGGCAGCCAGACAGCACCUUCAAAGAUGACCCACAGGAGUCACUGCUCUUCCCGGAUAUCCUGAAAACGUCCCCAGAGCCUCCAUGUCCAGAAGAUUAUCCUAACCUGAAGAGUGACUUCGAGUACACUCUAGGCUCCCCCAAAGCCAUCCACAUCAAGGCUGGUGAGUCACCCAUGGCCUACCUCAACAAGGGCCAGUUCUACCCUGUCACUCUACGCACCCCAGCUGGCAGCAAGGGCCUCACCCUGUCCUCUAGCAAAGUCAAGAGCGUGGUGAUGGUGGUCUUCGACAAUGAGAAGGUCCCGGUGGAGCAGCUGCGGUUCUGGAAGCACUGGCACUCCCGACAGCCCACGGCCAAGCAGCGUGUCAUCGAUGUUGCUGACUGCAAAGAAAACUUCAACACGGUGCAGCACAUUGAGGAGGUGGCUUAUAACGCACUAUCCUUCAUGUGGAAUGUCAACGAGGAGGCCAAGGUGUUCAUUGGUGUCAACUGCCUCAGCACAGAUUUCUCCUCACAGAAGGGGGUGAAGGGUGUCCCCUUGAACUUGCAAAUUGACACCUAUGACUGUGGCCCAGGCACCGAGCGCCUAGUACACCGCGCUGUCUGCCAGAUCAAAAUUUUCUGUGACAAGGGAGCUGAGAGGAAGAUGCGGGAUGAUGAGCGGAAGCAGUUCCGGAGGAAGGUCAAGUGCCCAGACUCCAGCAGUAGUGGCAUCAAGGGCUGCCUGCUGUCAGGCUUCCGGGGCAACGAGACCACCUACCUGCGGCCAGAAGCUGACCUGGAGACCCCGCCUGUGCUGUUCAUUCCCAACCUGCACUUCUCUGGCCUGCAGCGCCCUGGAGGGGUGGUCCCCUCAGCAGGACAUGGUGGCUCUGACAGGUUACCCUUGAAGCGUACCUGCUCGCCAUUCACUGAUGAAUUUGAACCCCUGCCCUCCAAGCAGGCCAAGGAAGAUGACCUUCAAAGAGUUCUGCUCUAUGUGCGGAGGGAGAGCGAGGAGGUGUUUGACGCACUCAUGUUGAAGACCCCAGACCUGAAGGGGCUAAGGAAUGCGAUCUCUGAGAAGUAUGGGUUUCCUGAGGAGAACAUUUACAAAGUCUACAAGAAAUGCAAGCGGGGAAUCUUGGUCAACAUGGACAACAACAUCAUUCAGCACUACAGCAACCAUGUCGCCUUCCUGCUGGACAUGGGCGAGUUAGAUGGCAAGAUUCAGAUCACCCUGAAGGAGCUGUGAGGCCCCAGCCUGAACCUUGGACCCCUGGGCUGGGCUCAGCCACACACAGUCUCUCCACGUGUUUCAGCGCUGUUACUUGAAUGCCUUCCUUGAGGCAAGAGGCCUGCAGGCCACAAACCCACCGCUGUCAGGGCCAGGGACUUGUACCUGCAUCUGAAAGCCUCGUCCAUGCUUGAGUCCAUCCCCAAGCCUCCUGCCAGUGUCCACCUACCAGGGACAGUGCAUCUGGGUCAGCACACACCCAACCGACUUUUCCUCCCUUCCCGAGGGCCAAGCCACCCUCCUCACAGGGCCACACUAGCUGCCCAUAUCGGAUCCUUCCAACGACUUCAGACCAAGGAGUUCUCACUCAGCCUUUGGCCAGUUAACUUGAAAACUCUUGAUUUUCAGAGCAACCAAACACCUUUUUAAAGACACUAGAGGAAACAGUGUCUUUCUUACUGACUUCCUCAAUGCAAUUGUAGGGCUGACUGGAAUGAAGUGACUGCUAUGUAAAACUACCACCUUGCCACUCAACUGUUGUACACAUUUCUUAUUUACAUGU